AAUGAGCUCUAAUCCAAGUUCACCUCCAACUCCAUAUAAGAAUGGAUCUAUUCUUUUAAAUAGUUAUACAAUCAAAGAUAUCCUUAAAUAAUCACCUAAUAAAAAAAUUGAUCUCUAUGCUAAGAUAAUUGUAAUUUAAUUCGUUAUUUUAGGCCAUUUCUGAAGCAUAAUAAUGUGAUACAAAAUAUGGGCCACAAUAUACCAAAAAUAUUUGUCUCUCAGAUGGUAAUGAUAUCAUUUGGGUAACAAGUAACGUAAUUUGUUUUAGGCAUCCUUACAAUAGAAACUUUUAAAUCAGCAUUAGAACGAUUUUAUUCUAGAAAAUUAGAUAGUAUUAAGAAACAUGAUAAUUGAAGAAUAAGAAGGAGUAGUUUAAUUAAUUGAUGAUAUUUGGACUUCAGUGUAAACUCCUGAGUCUGUGGAAGUUAAUUACUUCACUUUAUGAAA